GUUUGCGCUUCGGAGCGAAAUCAUCAUCAUCCGAUCCUCAUCAUCUCGAUCACCCAGAGUCGUCGGUCCAUCCCCUCCACCUUGACGACCACCUUCCAGCACCUCCGAGGUCGAUUGCUUCAAAGGUAGACAGUUUGAACGCUUUCACACGGCACAGCAUACACACUUGCGCACGCAUACACAAUGUCGACUACCCAAGCUGUCGCUGGCGAUGGAGCUGCUCCAGCCGCAGCCGCUGCGAGGGACAUCUCUAGAGACGGGAACAAGAUAGCCGACAUGGAGUAUUACGAUCUGCUCGGCGUGUCUGGCCAAGCGACAGAUCUUGAGCUCAAAAAGGCUUACAGGAAGAUGGCCAUCAAACAUCACCCGGACAAGGGCGGCGAUGAAGAGCGAUUUAAGCUCAUUGGAGAAGCCUACCGCGUGCUAUCGGACAACCACCUGCGCGCUGAUUAUGACAAGCACGGAAAGAAAAAACCGACGGGAGAAGUGGGUCUGCACGAAGCGACAGAGAUGUUUGGGCAGCUGUUUGGUGGCGAGCGGUUUGUGGAUCUUAUCGGCGAGAUCUCGCUGCUGAAGGACUUUGGCAAAGCGAGCGAAAUCAUCAUGACUGAGGAGGAGAAAAAGGAAGCGGAGGAGGCUCUCAGAGCUCAACAGGCGGACACUCCUGGUGCUGUCGCAGCUGCAGAGGCAGCUGCAAAGGAGCAAGGGGCUGAGAGCGGCGCAGCAGCUUCGACAGGUGCGUCUGCUACUUCCACCGGCACGCCCGCUGGCACAGGGACACAGACUCUGGGCGCAGAGGGCGCCGCCAGCUCCACGGACUCUCAGGUCGCAGGAUCUGGCAACAAGCCACCGCCGUCUGCGAAAGAGAGGGCCAAGUUGACGCCAGAACAGAGGGCCAAGCUGGAAGAGCUAGAGAGGGAGAAGGAGGUGCAGGAGAAGCAAAGAGUAGAGGACUUGACUCGCAAGCUCAAGGAUCGAAUCAGACCAUUUGUAGAGGCCAAGCACCCUGGCGAUGUCAAUGACUCGGAGACACAAAUCUUUGAGCGCAAGAUGAGGGAAGAAGCAGAAGACCUCAAGCUCGAGUCGUUUGGCGUGGAGCUCUUGCACGCAAUUGGUUCAAUCUACUUGUCCAAGUCCACAACCUGGAUCAAAUCGAGACCGAGCAACUUUUUGGGUCUGCCUGGAUUCUUCUCGAAGCUAAAAGAUAAAGGCACAGUGGGCAAAGAAAUGUGGGGCCUCCUAGGCAGCGCAGUGAGCGUGCAGAUGAGCAUGGAGGAUAUGGCAAAGAGGCAAGAGAAGGGCGAUUUGGAUGAGGAAGAACUCAAGCUGAUGGAGCAAGAGAUGAGCGGAAAGAUGCUACUCGCUACUUGGAGAGCGUCUCGCUGGGAGGUGACUUCCGUGCUGCGAAGGGUCUGUGAUGCUCUACUGAACGAAAAGGGCGUCGACCAAAAGACUCUGCUGAAUCGCGCACGGGCACUCGCGUUCCUCGGUGCCAUCUACAAGCAAGUCAAACCAGAAGCGGAGGACGAUGAGAGACGAGAACUAGAACGUCUUGUCGCGGAAGCAGGAAGCAAGAAGAAAAAGGGCAAGAAAGAGAAGAACGGCAAGCCAGCCCAAGCAGUGCCCGCUGCUGCAGCUGCCAGCAACGAUGCAGCAACGCCCAGCAGCUGAGCGCAGCCUGCCCCAAAUUAGUUGCCCUCGAUACCAUUUGCACUGCGGCGUGUCUCUCUCCGCACCCAUCUCCAACUUUUCGUACCAUCAAGUCUAGGGCUCACGCCUCUUGGUAGCUUACAAUCGGAUAGAGGUAUACGUAUUUGCAGACGGAAAGAUGUGCGCGUCGACGCGAGCAAGAGGGAUGUCAUUCAGAGUGUGUGGGAACAUGGGAUGAUGCGAUGCGGUACGAGAAUCGACGUGCUGGUGCA